AUGCCUAAAAACAAUAAGGAGAUAGAGGAUCAGCUUCUUAAAGCUCUCGAGUCUCUCUCUAAGCAGUCUAAACCCAAUAUCGCGAAAACUGCGCGAGAAUUCGCGGAGCAAGCUUUACGGGACUAUAUCGACUACUUUAAUACGGUCGGAGCCUCGAUAAACCGCCGUUAA